AUGGACACAGGAAAGGUUCUUGAUGUGGAGGCCCUAAGCCAAGGAUGCAAACAGUGUGAGCGGCAUGAACAAAUGGACAAGAAUUCUCUUGAAUAUCAGAUGUGGAGAGCUGAUCACACCACUUGCAAGUCAAAUUUCCAGGGAUCAGCACCUGCUAUGGAACCAGAGGGUGCAGAGCGCAUAUUUCAAAGGUCUGUUGAGCUGCACAAUCUCAGGUACACUGAAUUUUAUGGGGAUGGGGACAGCAAGAGUUUUUCCAGGAUAAAGAAUAUUUAUCAAGAUGCUGGAAUUUUAGUGGAAAAGAAAGAAUGCAUCGGUCAUGUGCAGAAGAGGGUUGGAACUGCACUUCGCAAAUUAAAGCGUGACAAUCCAAGCCUUGGAGGCAGAGGGAAACUCACAGAUAGUCUAAUUGAUAAACUGCAGAACUAUUAUGGCAUUGCCAUAAGGUCCAAUGUUGGAAAUUUGGCUGGAAUGAAGAAAGCUAUCCAUGCUAGCCUCAUGCAUUGUGCCUCAAGUGAGGCACGCCCACUUCAUGACCACUGCCCAACAGGUAGUGCAAGUUGGUGCAAGUAUCAAAAGGACAAAGCCAACCAUACGAAUCUCUUUAAGCAUGGACCUGGCCUUCCUUUACCUGUUAUUGCCAAGCUAAAGCCUGAAUAUAUUCGACUUAGUGAGAACAACUUAUUGCAGAAGUGUCGGAAAUGAGACUAAAGAAUCUGCUAUGUUCCGAAACUUCACGUUUUAUUUUAUAAAAUCAACUUAAUCUCCCGCUCUCUCUCACCGUUUUCUGUCUUUCGCUCUGGUCUCUCUCAUUUUAAAUAUAUAAUAUGAUCCUAUUGUUCAAUCAUCUGUCACUUAUCGCAAAAAAUCAACCGGAAAUCAAUUAACGCUGAAUAAUCUCUCACAGAAGUGCUUACAUGGCAAGACACAAAAUCAAAAUGAGUCUUUGAAUGGGAUGGUAUGGCAAAGGAUUCCAAAAGAAAUUUAUGUUGGAAGGGAGACAUUAGAAUUAGGACUUUAUGAUGCUGUUUCUUAUUUUAAUAUUGGUUCAAUUAGUAUUAUUAAGCUUUUCCAAGCCCUUGGUAUUCCUUCUGGCAAAUAUACCGAGGAGGGUUGCAGACUCCAAGACCAGCUAAGAGUUAAUAUUGCGCAACAUAAAAGCAAAGCUACUACCAAGAAGCGAUGCAAAGUGAUUAGGGGCCUUAAAAAACAAAAAGAUGACCAUAAUAAGCAAACUGAAGGAGUCAGCUAUGGCCCUGGUCAGUUUUGA